AUGAGCCUGGUGAUGAGUCUUGGGGUUGAUGGCGGGUCCGGAGACUGGAACAGCUCCUUUCCAUUGCCCUUUGCUACCCUCAAAGGUAGCUGCCAUCUUCUGCUCGGCAUCCUGGCUGCCCUCAGACCUCUGGUGAAGCCCAAGAUUGUCAAAAAGAGGACCAAGAAGUUCAUCCGGCACCAGUCAGACCGAUAUGUCAAAAGUAAGCGUAACUGGCGGAAACCCAGAGGUAUUGACAACGGGGUGCGGAGAAGAUUCAAAGGCCAAAUUUUGAUGCCCAACAUUGGUUAUGGGAGCAACAAGAAAACAAAGCACAUGCUGCCCAGUGGCUUCCGGAAGUUCCUGGUCCACAACGUCAAGGAGCUGGAAGUGCUCCUAAUGUGCAACAAAUCUUACUGUGCUGAGAUUGCUCACAACGUUUCUUCGAAGAACCGCAAAGCCAUUGUGGAAAGAGCGGCCCAGCUGGCUAUUAGAGUCACCAAUCCCAACGCCAGGCUGCACAGUGAAGAAAAUGAAUAAGCAGCUUAUCUACAUCUUAUCUUUGUACUUAAAUAAAACCAGGAAACAUGCUGUCUUUCCUAGUA